UAUAUGUAUAUAUGUGUGUAUGUGUAUAUAUAUAUGUGUAUGUAUAUAUAUAUAUAUAUAUAUAUGUAUAUAUAUGUAUGUAUAUAUAUAUAUAUAUAUAUAUAUAUAUGUAUAUAUAUGUAUGUAUAUAUGUGUAUGUAUAUGUGUAUAUAAACCCACCAUUCAGAUGGUGUUUGCCCGUGCAUGAUGCUUACAGUUAAUUGUUGUUUACUUACAAGUGUUCUGACCUGUCCUAACAAGCCUUACAUGUUUAAAAUAGUGUAACCACAUACUAGCUUUAGCAAUAGAAUUCAAUUUUUGUUACAUGAGUUGAAUAUGCUGCAGCUAUUGUUUCACUUGCACAAAACACCCCGAAAGGCUCAAAUCACUGUAAAUGGUCAGUUUAAAUAAUGCACUAGGUUAAAGCCAGUUUUUGUACUGUAUAUUUUUUAUAUUUCCUUGCUAGUGAACAAUGUGAACGUCUCGUGAGAUUUGAUCUCCCUCCUGGUGUGCUCUACAGCUUUGGAUGAAAUGGCUCUAUCAAGUGUAUACAUUAUAUUGUACAUUGUGUAACAUUGCAUCAGGUAUUUUAUUGUGAACUACAGCAACAUGAUAGUGGAUGUUGUGGCAGCAAGAAUACCUACUGUUCAGUAUUAUGUUUUCUUAAACUAUCAAUAUUUUUGUGACAUUUUUCAAAGUUCUCUCAAAUCUGCCUUUUUUGUUCUUGCCUUUUUCUCCACUGGAUGGCAAUAAGCCUACAAAAGUACUUUUCUUUUUCUGCUUUGACGUUGCUUUUCUAGCACAUUAUCUCAUUAGUUUUUGAGCCAUUCCAAUGUACAGCACUUGUUUUAUGAUGCUGUGACACUUCACGAGAUUAAUACGUUGACUGAUUCUUGCAUUACAAUUUGCCCAUGUAUUGUUAAUUAUGUUCCUAGAAAAUGUCUCACGUCUCCUUUUAAAUAUAGUUUUGUAUUUUUCAAGGUUGACUUUUAUCUUAUAUGUUACUUAAAGUUGACAUUUUCGAUAAUGCCAUAAGUAAACACUUACGGAAAUAUUGACUGUGUUUAAUGUGUCAGUGUUCUGAACUGUGCCUACACGUCUUAUAUGUGUAAAAUAGUGUGACCACAGACUAGCUUCAGCGAUCGAAUUCUCUUUUUGUUACAUGAGUUAAAUAUGCUGAUACUUCUGUUUUGCCAGUGAACAAUUUAUUGGAUGUUGUCAAUGCACUGAUUAAACCUGUCACUAUGAAUGCCUUUAUUUCCUCGUGUGUACAGGCCCUUUAAAUUGAUUGAACAGCUGUAACCAAAUGGGAUUUUGUGAGCAAACCCUGAAUGCACAAGACAAAUAACAACGUCAGAAUGCAAACUUCUAGGACUGUACCCUAUCAACAUUAAAAGUUGCACAAUGCUUUAAACCAAGCCUUUAAUUUGAUUGUGUUACUGAAUGGAUGCAUCUCGUACAGUAGAGAGAAGACAUUCUUUAGUAGAUUCAUCACGAGUAUUGAAUGGAGGAGUGGGCAAAGGAUGCGACUGGCUCCAUUCUUUAAUCUGGUCCACUGAGAAUUUACUUUGUUCAGUGCCACCUGAGGGAUCGAAGGUCACCGGCAUUCAAUGUUGCUUUUCGGCCUUGCCGCUUACAUACAGUGAUUUCUGCAGAUUCUCUGAACCUUUUGAUGAUAUUAUGGACCGUAGAUGAUGAAAUCCCUAAAUUCCUUGCAAUUGUACGUUGAGGGACAUUGUCCUUAAAGUGUUGGACUAUUUUCUCACGCACUUGUUCACAAAGAGGUGAACCUCGCCCCAUCUUUGCUUGUGAAUGACUGAGCAAUUCAGGGAAGCUCCUUUUAUACCCAAUCACGGCACCCACCUGUUCCCACUUAGCCUGUUUACCUGUGGGAUGUUUGAUGAGCAUUCCUCAACUUUCUCAGUCUUUUUUGCCACCUGUCCCAGCUUUUUGGGAACAUGUUGCAGCCAUAAAAUUCUAAGUUCAUGAUUAUUUGCUAAAAACAAUAAAGUUUAUCAGUUUGAACAUUAAAUAUCUUUGUAGUGUAUUCAAUUAAAUAUAGGUUGAACAUGAUUUGCAAAUCAUUGUAUUCUGUUUUUAUUUGUUUAACACAAUGUCCCAACUUCAUUGGAAUUGGGGUUGUACAUUUACAGACAUUCAACUAAUCUAACUACAUUUUUAAAUAUAAAUUUUACAUACCUUACAUGCAUUUUUUUUUCUACAGAUGAACAGACCAAUGUUUCGCUUUAAAAACAAAAUGUGGCCUUCAAAAGUUUGCCCUCCCCUGACUUCAAAGACUCUCUCUGUAAUAUUUUCAAUUAUCCUCUGGAGGGAGCUGUAGUUAAAGUUUCCCCAUGUUACUGUGUAAUUCCCCCAUCAGAACAAGAGGACACGUAAAGUCGACUACUUUAUAAGGGAAGCACCACAGAGGCCUUAUUGUGUAGGAUUGUAAAGGAUUCCUGGAUGCUGGCAAUUCAACACUUUCACCUUCGAGAAAGUGAAAAUGUUCGCUGUUAAAUGAUGCAAAAAAUGAGACACAGAGGCGUGGACUACCAAUUCGAGCAAUGCUUCUGCAGUGACUGCAGUACAUCCAUUCAGUGCACAGUAUCAGUCUCCUCUUAUCAAAAAGAGAGGGGGGUUUCCUCUCUAUUCCCGAGGGGGGUAUGACAGCCCCUCUCCCCCUAGUCCCGCCCACUCCCUCUUGCCCUAUCUCAGGCAUUAACAUGCACACAAAAAAAAAAAAAAAACAGAAACAAGACAAGUCACGGAAAUUCAAAUCAUGCCAAAAUAGGGAAUCCACAAACAGUUUUGGGAAUGAGCAGAGAGAUGCGAGCUUGACCUGCUUUAUGGGCCCACGUUUUAGCCAACAAUGGAGCGUUGGCGAGCACUUCAACAAAGUUCGUCUGUGGAAUCGCCAACAUGUGAGUUUUAACAACAGAGACUUUGGUAAAAGUUGUUGCUACGAGGUGCGAAUGGCUUUUGAUUAAAAAUAAGGAUGCGGCGUGACGUGCGACAAAGACAACUAUGAACAAUGGCAGAGAGACACAAUAGGAGUGCACCGGCGAACCGCAGCGUGUCUUUGAAAAAGUUGGGGUCGUGGGCCGCCGACAGAAGUGAGGAUUCGGAGGCAGCCGGCGGCUCUCUUCCUCUGAAGCCCAGCCGGCCAGAGCGUCGUCACGUCAGCGCGUCAAGAAAAGUUUCCAAAAUCUCCGCCACCGCAACUCCCGCGACCGCACAGCCAAAGAAAGCCUCCUCCGCCUCUCUCUCCUCCAUUUCUCCCUCUAUCCGCCAGCUCACCGAGAAAUUCAGCAGCAGCAGCGAGAGGACCCACAACGCCCGGCCGGGAGACGGUGCAGCAGCGCCGCGUGAGACCAGAACACUUCCUCGCGUCAGGAGGAGCAGCUCUCUGUCUCGACUGUCUUUGCACCAGGACGGCGGUGCAGCAAUCUUGCCGGACAACAAGUCUUUCCUGGACAAAGUGCACAAGUUUAACUUCGCCACGGAUUCUGUUUCUGUGUCGGACUCUGAGAAAAGAAAUCAAAAGUGGACUUGUGCACCGUUAACAACCGACAACUGUGGUAAGAACAUUUCUUUUUCCGCAUCUGAUCACCCAAAGACUUAUAUUGUCAACGAUGAAGAGGAUGUCAAGAUUAAUGGACCUUAUAAAGCUCACAGAACUUAUCACUGCAGUGAAUUUCUUCCCCUGAACUCUGAUAAGUGGCCCAGUGUGACCAAAAUAAGACAGCUUUUUGAUGAGAGACAAAAGCAAGGCCACACUUGUGACAAUUUCCAACAGGCUGCUAAAGGCGAUUUAGGCCAGCAGAGCAACCCUGAGCGUGGCCCGUUUUUGGAUAAAAGCAGCAAACCGUCAUCUUACUCCUCAGUUAAUGAAGCCAGAAGUCCAUGUUCAUCUGAGGGGAGCUUAGUUGAAGGACAGAGCCAAAACAGCACUGCUGUCAAGCAGACACUUUGUGACACUAUGGACUUGCAUUCCAAAAUCUAUGAGCAGCAGUACGCACUUGAUGAGGAGGCACACUUAAAAACAUCAGGUUAUUGUAACGAAACAAUUUCUGGUGCAAAUAAGUUCCAAAACAGUAGCAUUCGUACUUGUCGUCAGGGUUACCGUGAUAAAAAAAGCAACUCAUCUUCAUUCAGAUCUCACAGCUCAGAGGCAGAGGCUGCCUCUAAAACUCCCACACUGAUCGAGUUGACCCCAGACCCCCACCCUGACCUUCAGACCUCUGCUACUACUUCUCAGAGCCGUUCGGUGAGCCAGGACGCCUCCUUCUGCGCCUCCUUUCUUCAGGAGCCGAUAGUGACGGAGAGAAGGGUUAGUCAGGGGGUCGGGCUGGCGAGGGAUAGUUUACAUUCCUCACAUAGCUCCUCUACAGCUCCCGCCUCUCCCCCCUUAUUCCCCCUCCGCGCUCCAGCUCCAGAUAAAGCCAUUACCUCCUUCUCGAUUGUAGCUCCAUCCUCAGCCCCUGUCAGAGUUGACUCUUUGCGUAGCUCACGCUGUAGGUUUAGCUCUGGAGACGAAGAGGAGGAGCAUAGCGGGAGAAAAAGAGGAGGUGCGGGCUGGACUGGUCCCUCGCAUCCUUUUUUUGGCAUCAGUGGAGGAGAGAGGGGCGUCACAGAGCGAGGUGGCAGUUAUUUGUCACGCAGUAAAAAUGGCCGGUGGAAUGCGAAGGGCAUUGGGAGGUCUUCGGGCAGUGAGGAGGAGAACCAUGGUUCUUUAGGCUCCUCCAGUAAGGAGGCUGUGCGGCGCCGCUCUCUGAGAAAGAAGAAGCGGUUCUGUGGUGGUGCUUUAGCGACAGGCCGUGAUGAUUAUAACGAUCAUGAUAGCGAAUCAGACGAAAUCGACAGUGAGCCGUCCGUGACCAUGGAGCGCUUGGAUAGGCCCCGCCAUGCGACCACAGGAGGAGAGUUUGUUCCAAGAGUAUCACGGAGUCACUCUGCAAGAGAAUCCACUUUUCAUAGUAACAGAGCAAGGAUGCAGCAGCAAUGGGAGCGCAUCUCUUCACCUGUGGCAUCCACAACACUUCCUGGUGUGUCUCGGGUAGCAAAGGUCAACAUCCCCCCUUUUGGUUCCAGUUCUGGUGGUUCCCGUUAUAGCAGCCGAUAUUCCAGCACUGAGACACUGAAGGUGGAGGACCAAGCUAGCUGCACCAACUGUGGAGCAAACAAGUUUUUGAACACCCAUGGAGACACCCCUGCCCGAAAUGCUUCCUCGUCUAUGCUGAGUAAAACAUACUCUGGGAAUUUUACCAUGUACCGUUCCCCUAGCUUUGGACACGGGGAUAAUUUCCCUCGUACCCAAGUGCGAACGCGCCCCAAGAUUGUGCCCAUAGACACGUCCCCUUCUGGGGUCCUUACUAGAGAAGGAAUAUUACCUGAGACUGUGAGAUUACAGCAAACAACUGUUGGGGAUAGCGCAGAUGUUAUAAAUGGAAUAUCCAAGUCCAACCCUGAUAUCACAACAGAAACAAUGACACUGCUACAUUUCCUGAAAUCAGACUUUUCAGAGCUGAAGGUGCGGAAAACGAGUGAGGAAAUUAAAUGUGGAGUGGGCCCGCAGAGUCAUGGUGGGACCUUGUUGCCCUCUGGUCGUCGCUUGUCACUAAAAGACUUGACGGCUACCCUGCGGCGUGCAAAAUCCUUCACGUAUUCCGGUAAAUCCCCGACAGCCGUGCGGUGUUACCUGGCAGGUGGUACAACCAAAAGAAGCACUUCUGAGCAACAGCUUGACCUGGAUAGAGAAAAGAAUGGAGGCAGGGUUUCCAUCUCAGACAGAGAAGUAGAAAGUGAUGGUGGUGAUUUUAGGCUUGGAAGAGGGCAAAGGUUUUUGGAUUAUGGGUAUAAUGACGAGGAGGAGGAUGUGAUGCCAACACCAAUGCAAGAAAGAUAUGUGCAGGAAGCCAGACAGGUUAUUCAGGAUAUCUGCCAGAUGAGCACCAGAGAAGAUGAUGAUAUUGAUAUGACAAGUGUGAAUGAGGAUAAAUGUUUUAAGAUCAAGAAAACAGAUGAAGAAAAGAGAAAAGGAAUGCAUAUUGAAGGUGAGGCAGGAACAGACAAAUGGGCUGAGUUUAAAACCACAACGGAAAGAGAUGAACAUGAGAGGGAGCGAGAGAAUGGGGAGAGGGAGAAGAGAGAGAGGGAUGAACAAAGUAUGCAGCUGGAGAAGCUAAACAACAGUGAUACAGACCACCAGGAGAAGGUGGCGAGACAGAACAGAGAGACUGCGAGGGUGUUACUGAAGGGGGACUCGGAGGAAAGCGUGUGCUUUGACCGCUCUGUGGAUGAACUUUCAGGCCACGAGUCUAGUUUAACAGAUGAAGGGAUUGUAACAGAGCCAGAGAUUGUCCCCGCUGACCACUCCGAGAGGGCUUUCUUGGGGUCAGGAGGGGUUAAUUUGGGGUCAUGCAUUGCUAGGGAUGUACUAGGGCAGCCUGUCACUAUAUGGAAACAAUCAGCGCUCCAUGAAGAGAAAGGGCUUAAGAAGGAAAGAGAGGAAAUGAUGGAGAACAACACUGGGUGUACGAUUCGUCUGAAUGAAGUCAGCAUACCUCCCUCCUUGCUUCACCCCUCCUGUCUGGAAGAGAGUGACGGCAUUAUCACAGACUCCAUCGCUGGUCUCAACUGUGUCGACGCUACCAAUGAGGCAACCAACAACAGCAGUUCUGUACCGCUGGCAUUGACGGGUAUUCCAGAAGGCCUUGAAGCACCUGAUACUCCCAGUGCUGUCCGUCGAAGACGCAAGUUCUCCUCUCCUAAUAACAGUAACGCAGCCUCAGAGGGUUGUAACAGUAACACAGAUUCAACAGCAGCAGCUGAUGGGAAUGGGGAUUCAACAGUCUAUCGCUCCCUCAGUGAUCCAAUGCCUCAAAGAUGCUCUUCCGUCGCAGAGGAAGACAAUUUUUCCUCUGUUGACAGCAACCUUUUAGGAUCUCUUGCUCUCAAAGGAGGAGGACCACCAGAAUCCCCUGCUAUACCCACCUUUUCAGAACACAAAGGACGUGUGGCCAGUGACCUGUCUGUAUACAGUGAUGGCGGACUCUGGGAAGAGGUAGUUGGUGACUACAGUGGCGUAAUCAGGAGCAUUGUUGCUGAGCCAGGAGCCAUGGACAGACUGAUGACUGACGGUUACGGCAAUGGAAAACCUCCUAAAAAGAAAUCAUUUAGUGACCCCAGUCGACGUAGUGAUGCAUGUUUGCUUUCCCAUAAUGACUCUCAGUUUAAAGGUCAGUCCAGCAGCACUGGACCAAUCAAUGAGCUGGAUCAGACAGGUGCGAUCCCCCCUUCCAGCAGCGAGCCAAUCCUGAAUAAGCAUAAAGAAAAAACAUGGGAGGUAGAGGGGCAGACUAAGGAGGACUUAUUCACACAGUCAAAUGAUUGUCACCAUGGAAGUAUCAAUACUGACAUCAAGAAGGCUCAUUCCCAAUCCGGCAAUUGUGACUAUGAGGACAAUGUUAUAGAUCAAGGUGGGCAAAAGAAAGCAUUGGAGACAAGGAGGUUUAAUUUUGACCUCAAGCUUGCUGAAGCUUUAUCACCUAGGAUGGUUCGCCGAUCCCAGAGAAAGCGCCCAAACAGGCUGGCUAAUUUUUUUUCUCACGAAGACCCACUUGAGCCCCCAGAACUAGAGGAGCAAGAGACUCCCCGUGAUACAGCUGAGCUCACGCCUCCUCUUCCCUCAUCCAAAUCAAAGACCAGACCCAAGCAUGUAAGACAUGCCAGCGAGCCUGCCACAUUCAUACCCAUCUCGCCGCCUCCACGACCACAGCCUCUCAAGAAAGGGAGCAGUCUCUCAGACCAACCCACUGGAAGUUCAACAGCCGCGAGUAAGAUCCCAGUAGACAAGGUCCCAUCUCUGGAGGAUGUGAACCCGAAAUAUAUUCUCGACAUUGGCACUCCUGAGAGAGACGCAGACAGUCCAGGGCCUCUCCCUGGGAGUAGGGAUGGGGCUGAAGGUUCGGUGUCUUCAUCGGAAGGACCCAGCGAGGUCUUUGCCAGUCAAACUACAGGAGCUGUACCACAGAGGGGUUUGGAAAAUGCGCCAUCUGCACAAGCCCCCCAGAGGACCAAGCCUCGAGUGGACAUGAGAAAACAUGUGAUGAUGACACUGCUGGAUACGGAGAGAUCCUAUGUGGAGUCACUACGCAGUCUCAUUCAGGGCUACAUGCGUCCUCUCAAACAGCCCGACGGAGGCUCCAUCGUGGACCCGCUGCUGGUCGACGAGAUGUUCUACCAAAUCCCUGAGAUCCUGGAGCACCAUGAGCACUUCCUGGAACAGGUAGAUGGCUGCGUCAACCAGUGGCACGACAGGCAGACUGUUGGACACCUCCUCAUCCAAUCAUUCUCCAAAGAGACUCUGGCUAAUAUGUACUCAGCCUACAUUGACAACUUUCUGAACGCCAAAGAUGCUGUGAGGAUUGCGAAGGAGGCAAAGCCGGCUUUUCACAAGUUUCUGGAGCAAAAUAUGCGCGAGAACAAAGAGAAGCAGGCCCUGGGUGACCUGAUGAUCAAGCCGGUCCAGAGGAUCCCUCGAUAUGAGCUUCUGGUCAAGGACCUUCUGAAGCACACCCCAGAUGACCACCCGGACCACUCCUUCCUGUUGGACGCCCAAAGGGACAUCAAGCGGCUGGCAGAGAAGAUUAAUAAAGGACGUCGCUCUGCUGAGGAGGCGGAGAGGGAGGCCAGGGUCAUCCAGGAAAUUGAGGCGCAUAUAGAGGGAGUUGAACAUAUUUUGAAUCCCCAGAGGAAGUUUAUCAGGCAGGAGAUGGUUAUGGAAGCGAAGACGGUUGGUGGGAAGAAGGACCGUUCCCUCUUUCUCUUCAGUGAUCUGAUCAUCUGCACUACACUCAAAAGGAAGUCUGGAUCACUGAGACGCAGCUCCAUGAGCCUAUACUCUGCCACUAGUGUAAUCGAUACAUCCAGCAAGUACAAGUUUCUGUGGAAGCUUCCUCUGGAGGAUGUGGAAGUUGUAAAAAGUUCUACUCAGACGACAAACAAGGAAAACGUCCAGAAAACAAUCAGUCGACUGGAUGAGGAUUUGAGCACGCUGGGUCAGAUCAGCAAAUUGUCUGAGACCCUCAGCUUGCCACACCAGUCCCUAGAUGAGGUGAUCAAGGAUCUGAUGGCCACUGUGCACAGGGAGCUGUCAGAAAAGCAGUCUUUGGCCUUCAGUACGACCUUUCUGCCCACCAAGCUGGAGUUCAUCACCGUGUCGGCAGAGAGUAGCUUUGUCUUCGAGUUCACGUCACCCGACAUUCGCUCCAACUUCGAACAGGCAUUUGAGGAAGCAAAAAAGAAGCUGGCUAUGAUUAAGGAUCAGUGGGACCCAGAAUUCUUAAAGGCUAUCCCCAUUAUGAAGACACGCAGUGGAAUGCAGUUUUCAUGUGCGUCUCCGAGUCACACCUGCCCUGACAAUGGCUGUGAAGUGUGGGUGUGUAACAGUGAUGGAUAUGUCGGACAGGUUUGUCUGCUGAACAUCAAAGAUGAGCCCACAGUGGAGGCCUGUAUUGCUGUCUGCUCAGCCAGGAUCAUCUGUAUUGCUGCUGUACCUGGACUGAAGGGGAGGGAGCGUGGACCCGAAGCUGCCCUUCCGCCAACAACACCUGACCACACUCAACAACAGUUACAUAUUUCCAUCUCACAUUCCUCUCUGGAACUGACCGAGCAACCUACAGGACCAGGUGCUGAGCUGGUCCCUUUUGACAGCGACGACACAGAUGACGAGGAUUCACCAAGCCCUUCAUCCACUCUACAGAGUCAAGCCAGCCACUCCACCAUAUCCUCCAGCUAUGGCAAUGAAGAGGCUCCGUGCUCCAAAGACUUGGCUACAGAGACCACCAGCAGUGAGGAGGAACAGGACUUCUCAGUGACGAGCUCAUAUUCGGCUCCGAGGAUGUUGGCAGUGGGCGGAGGAGGUCGAGCCAACACGGAGAGUCCCAUGGAUGGCCGCGCCAUGCGCCGCUCCUCACGUGGUUCCUUCACCAGAGCCAGUCUGGAAGACUUGCUCAGUAUUGACCCAGAAGCCUACCAGAGCUCUGUGUGGCUUGGCACAGAAGAUGGAUGUAUCCACGUGUACCAGUCCUCAGAUAACAUCCGCAACCGCAAAAACAGCAUGAAGAUGCAGCACGCGGCUUCCAUCUUGUGUAUAUUAUAUUUGGACAACAAAGUGUUUGUGUCAUUGGCUAAUGGUGAGGUGAUCGUCUAUCAGAGAGAAGCAGGUAGUUUCUGGGACUCUCAGUCUUCUCAGACAUUAGUUCUAGGCACUCCUAGCAGCCCCGUCACCAAAAUGGUUCCAGUCGGAGGAAAAUUGUGGUGCGGCUCCCAGAACAGAAUCUUAAUCCUGAACUCAACUACACUGGUGCAGGAGCAUUGCUUCCAGGUGGGAACCGAUAGCAGCCGAUGCGUGACGUGCAUGGUGGCGUACGGGCAGGGUGUGUGGUUGGCCCUGCAGGGCAGUGCGCAUGUUAAGCUGUACCACGCUCAAACAUGGGAGAGCCUGACGGAGGUCGAUGUGGCGCCAGCUGUUCACAAGAUGCUUGCAGGUGCAGAUGCAAUCAUCAGACAGCACAAAGCCGCUUGCCUGAGAAUCACAGCACUGCUGGCCUGUAAGGAUCUGUUGUGGAUCGGCACCAGUGCAGGGGUGGUCCUCACUCUGGCAAUCCCAGCAGUGUGUUCUGGAACAAGUGCAUGUGUGGUGAAAACCCCUCUAGUUCCAAUGGGCUCUGCCCACGGUCACACAGGCCAUGUUCGAUUCCUGACAUCAGUCGAGCUACCGGAAGGUUUGGGGAUGAACUUCCCUCCUCCAACAUUGGACUCCACAGGCAAACAGUCACAGGGUGGCACCAUCGUUGAUGGAAACCUUCAGAGGCACGAUUCCACUCGCCGCCAAUCAUCCACCCAACUGCCUCCAAAAACUAAUCAACUUGUCAUAUCGGGCGGUGAUGGCUAUGAGGACUUCAGACUGAACAAUAGCAGUGAGACUAUUGGACGGGAUGACAGCACCAACCAUCUUUUGCUAUGGAGGGUCUGAAACGAUCAAGCCCAGUCUGGACUUAAAGACCCAAACUCCCUCUUGCUGCAUACAUGUGCUUCAAGCUGUGUGUAUGUUGGUGUUGUUUUAGUUCUCUGCUCGGCUCCAUCAGUCUCUUUUUGCAGUAUUGAUAUGACAUCCCACUUAGACAUACAGCAGACAUGAUUAGGUUCACUUCAAAUCUAGUUUUGUGGUCUGUUUAUUCUAGGAUGGGCUGCACAACAUUAAGUGGCAUUUUUUUUUUCUCUCCCCAGUAUGGCAUAUAAAACAGUCAUGAAACAGAAGUCUAAAAGAGACAGAAGAGGCAGAGGUAGGUUAAGUGACGACUCAAAAUUGUCCAUAGGUGUGCAUGUGAGUGUGAAUGAUUGUUUGUCUAUGUGUACCCUGCGAUGAUGAGCAGAGAGGUUUAGCAUUGAAGUAAGCGUCCUAAAACCUGAUUGGCCCCUGAGCUCAGAUUGAUGCCAUCAUAUCAUCAGCCGACAGCCAGAAUCCAAUGUUUAAAGAACAUUUUGAAGGGUAGGAUCCGAGCGCAUUCACGAGGUGUGAUAUGUUCGGAUGGUGUGUAACCACUUUUUGUGCAUACUUUAAAUCCAUCACCUCCAAUUACCUGACUUACUAGUCAUUUAUUCUUGGAUGUACAUACGUGUGUGUUUUCCACAAAUAAUCAUAAUCUGUUCAAUGUUUAAAGACAACACACACAAAAAAAGUAAUGUGUCUUUACAGGCAAAAAGUGCAUUACCACGCCUAUGCCAAAGCCUUCUUUCUAUGUCUUAGUUUGAAUGAUUGGAAGAUUUAUUUUGACACUAUCAUCUGCCAGGAAGAUAAGUCGGCACAUAGAUCGCUCACUUCUUUAGCAGGGGCUUUUCAAGUUGAUAUAACAAGCAGCAGAUGAAGAUUGUUAUGUACAGUAUUUAUGGUUUUGACUUCAACUUCUUCUGGCUAGCACUUAAUUUAUAGAAGAUGUAACUUUCACCUUUUCUUUGUGAGUUGAGGUACAAGGAGGUCACAGUGUCAAUUCCGGGGCAUGCGAAUUGAGUUCAAGUACACACACAGUACAGGGAAUAACAGAAGCCUCAGCAAAAUUUAAGAUUUCAUUUUAUUUCAAACACGACAGAACUUACUGUCAUGUUUCCACACACUUGCCCAAUCUGAACAUGUUAAGGGUACAAUUGCAAAUAUAUAUCUGCUAACUUUGCAAGAAAAACAAAUUGCAAAAGCAUAAAUAUAUUAUUUGUUUAUUGUUUUGUUGUGUGUAGCAUAAAUGUGAUUACUUUUCACCUGCUACAAUUUUAGUCUUUAGUGUGCUACUGUAUAUACUGAGUAGGUCAGAAGGACAAGUGCUUAAGCGCCUGCACGUGCCUUCAGAAGGCUAGAAGUUAAGCCAUUUGACACAUUUACACGCACACACACAGAUGUCAGUGGAAGUGAAGGACAGGUGAAUGUGUCCUUACACACACACACACACACACACACACCGUAGCCUCAGGAUUUGAGGUUUAGCGCUGAUCGUUUUGGAUCGCUCCAAGCCAAGAAAGCGCAGCAUCAGCCAUCUGGGCUCUUCAUCCCGUGCAUCAACAUUAGGUGAACUGUCCCACUGAGCUAAUGCGUAAGUGGAUUAAACUGGCCAUUGUGUUAUCUGCUUUGUAGUUAACGAGCUAUUGGCCUUGCCUGACGAAGAGCAGCUGCCUUAGCAUUUUCGAAAUGUUUUUUUUUUAUGUUUUCUGACUGCAAUUUUCUUCCCAUACUUUAGGUUCAUUUGCGAUCGUUAUGUGGUAGACCACAUGCGAUAUUUGAAUAGGGGAUAAGCUCAUUUUGAAAAAAAAAAAAAAUUUUUUUGAGGAUUGUAUCAGAUGUUCACUAAUUUACAGUAUAUAAACUGACCAGCCAUAACAUUGUUAACCUGCACAAUCUGAACAGAAAAAUGCUGUUUCAAUUAUAUAAAUUCAGCCUUUAUGUAGAUAAUAAUAUUCAGUUUUGAUCAACACCGAAUAAAAAAGCUUUUGUCUAUACUAACAUAAGCUUAAAGAAAUUAUUUGCUCUAACGCUGAGACAUAAGCUUAAUAAGAUGAUUUCUGAAAAUGCCAAGUGGUUAAAAGUUAUCAUUGAGUGUUGUUUGAUGAUAAAGUGUAUUACAAGUGCCACCUCAGUGAAAAUGCUGUACAGUAUACUCAUGCUGGCUGUAGGGUCCAGAGGAGCAUCCUGCUGUGUUUUGUGUGUAUGCAAAAAAAAAAAAAAAAAGGACAACAUUCUUGCAGCAACUGUGUGCAAUCUGUGCAUCAUUGCAGUGUUUUACAAUUUUACUGUGAGUUGGCCACUUUAAAAAAAAUAUUUUUGGUCGUUCCAAUGAAUUCCUAAAAUAGUUCAAGUCCAUGUCUUUGACCUCCACGAUACUUUAAAAAAAAAAAAAGGGUUAAUCCGGUCCAUGAAUCCCUUGAAAGUCAUUUAGCUUGUAUUUAUCUCCUCAUGCCUGAUGUGGGCAGCCUUUAUUGUUGUAAAUAUUAGUAUAAAUGGCCUUUUUUUUCUGUAAAUAAUGCACCCAAGGUCUUCAAUUGUCGAUAUGAAUCUAAUGGCAUAUUUUUAUAUAUUUGUGUAAAGCUUUUUGUUUGAAUUUUUAGUUUUUUUCCCCCUGUUUCCAGCAUGCCUGCCAGCACCACAUUUAAAUUAUACUCAUCAUCUUUCCAAAAAGAAGACUCGAUGGCCUCUCAUGUGACCAAACAAAAGAUGUGUGCCAUUUGUGUUGUUGCUGGUGGCCAGUUUCACUCUUAAUUGUGUUUUCAAUGUGAUUGAUGUCUGCAAGGGGUAAACAAUCGCUGCAGGUGCAACUGCUUGACACCUUGUAGUUGUCAGAUGUCACUUCCUGUGUUUACCUGUUCUUGUUUUGUCAUUGUUGGUUCAUAUUUGUAAUUAAAUACAUUCACUGGUG